AUGCAAAGAGAAAGUUCAGCGCCAACUUUACCAAUGAUUCAUCAAUUCUAUAUUGGUACAGAUGAUAAUCGUAUAAUUACACAGAAUAUUUACAAUUCUACAAAUCUACCCAUAAAUAUCACUGAUAUUAAUAAAGAAAUAAAGCAUGUUAGUACAGUGUUUGAUGAACCAGUGAAGCCUAUUCAUAUUCAUUAUUGUAAAGAAAAACCGUCAAGAUUACAUUCACAACCAAUUGUUACAGAUUUACAUUCAUUGAUGACAACAACAACAACACCACCAUCACCACCACAACCACAACCGCAACCACCGCCGCCGCCACCGACAACAACAACAAAACAUGCAUCAGCAGCAUCAGGUGAUAAAGAGAUUACUCUGACUGCAUCGAAUCAAUCAUAUUUACCUGAUCAGAUGAAUCGAUUAUCUGGAAAUGUUGAUGAAAAUAUCCCUCUACCAAAUGAUGAUGAUAAUGAUGAUGGAAAUAUUCAAUGUCAUAUUGUUGAAAAAGAACCAUAUAGUAUCACUGAAGAUUUUUUACGAGAACCAAUUCCAAACGGUGGUUGGGGUUGGCUUGUUGCACUUGGAAGCUUUUUAUGCAUUUUCACUGUGGACGGUGUAUGCUUCUCGUAUGGUCUGCAUAUAAAUGAAAUGAUUAAAGAAGGUCAAUUCAGUGGAAAUCCUCCUCUUCCUUCUCCUUAUCGUGUAAAUGAUACCACUAGUCAAAUAUCUUUAGCUAUGUUAAGCUUACCAGGAGCACUGUUAUGCGGGACAUACUUUUUAUUCGGUCCUCUUACCGGUGCAUUGGUAAAUCGAUUCGACUAUCGUAUAGUUGCCUCAGUUGGUUCAAUAAUCACCACAUUGUGCUUUCUAAUAUGUGCUUUAUUCAUACAUGAUAUAUUCACAUUCACCAUUGUCUUUGGUAUAAUUGGAGGCAUUGGUUGUAGUUUAAUCUACUUACCAGCUAUUACAGUCAUUGGACAUUGGUUUGAAGAACAUCGUGCUUUUAUUGUUGGCAUGGUAAUGUGUGGUGGAUGUUUAGGCUUUGGCCUGUUAUCCAUCAUUACACCGUAUUUAGCUGAACAUUUCACUUGGCGUGGUUGUCUUAUUCUACUUGCUGGAUUAUUUAGUCAAACAUUAGUUGGCAUUGCAUUAUUUCGUCCAGUCAGUAUACAUGAAAAAAUUAAAUUGGUAAAAUUAUUAAAACAAUCGGAAAUAAAGAAAAAGGCGAAUUUAGUGAAGAAGUCAAAAUGUAAAAAGCAUAAAUCCCUUACAACAUCAUUUGGUAUGAAAUCAGCAAAAGUUGGUGGACGUCCAGAUAAAAAAAUUGCCAUUCAACGUGGUUCUAUAAUGGCACGAAUCAUUGAAGAGAAAUCACGUCAACGUACCACAUCAACUGGUAGUCUUGAUGGGAUGGUGAUAACACGUGAGAAUCAACUAGUCGCUUUAUCAUCAUCUGAUGCCUAUGAAGUUGUUAUGGCUGCAGCUGCUGUGUAUAGUGCAACGACUGCUGCUCAUACUACCACUGCCGGUAUGCUGAAUACACAACGCGAUGAAGAAGGAGAAGAAGACGAAGAAGGGCGACAACAAGGUAAACAAUCUGGAGAAGCAGUCGAAGAAGAUGCUGAAACUAGAGGAAAAUUAGAAGAUGAAGAAGAGAUGAACACCAGUCAACCACUAACAACGACACAGAAUCAGAGUCAAGGGGAUCAUGGGUCAUUAUCGUUGCAUUCAUCCUCUUCAGGACAAUUGAAGUACAUUAGCAAUAAUAAUAAUAAUCGUAAAAAUCUACAAACAUUAACAGAAGGAUUUCCAAUGUCAUCAUUUGAAGAAGCCACAUGUGAAUUUCAUAGAAAUUCACAACCGGCAUGCGUUGCAGUGCUUCCACCUCCGGUACAAUUUAGUCGUUCUGCUGUUCGACGCAUAGCACGUGCUAUACUCCGUAAACUACAUGGACAAAACAAGCUGCCAUUUUCUCCAUCAACGACAUCAAUAUCAACUAGUUCAAGACAAGUGAUAACAGCGACAUCGAAUCGUCAUAGUUCUACGACAACUGGAAUUGGUGGAGUUGGCGUUGGUGGUGGCAGCGGUGGUGGUGAUAGUCGUGUUGAAUCUUGUACAAAUUUUAAUAAUAUCCCGUAUACAGAUAGUUCAAAAAAUAUACAAUAUGAUAAAUUGAAUCAAGUAUAUCGUUAUGAGCUGUUACAUGGUUCAUUGGCAACAAAUAUUUCCCGUCGAAAACGCAGUCUACUCAUUUCAUCAUUGUAUAGUGAACUGGCGUCAAGUAUUCGAGAUAAUGAAACGUUGACUGACCUACAACAACAGUUGCAACAACAACAGAACCCGCAACAACAGCAACUACAACAACGAAUACAACCACGUCAUUUAUCAAUUACAGUGAAUCGUUCAAUUUCACCACAAGACUCACAAAGUCGUUUGAAACCGCCAACUUCAGAUUCCCCGUCUGCCCUGACCUCAUUAAUCAGUUUAGAUUCGUAUACCAGUCAAAUUAUCGCACGUGAAUUGAAUAGCCUGCUGUUGGAUAAAGACACAAAAUUAGCUAUUAUGCAUGAUAUUCAACGUGAAUUAAGUCGACCAAAAUAUCGUCCAGACUUUUUCUAUGCCGGGAAUAAACACAAACUGCCAUUGUGUCAUGUGCCUGAAUAUACAGCCUGUAAACAAUUUCCAUGUGAU